AGCUACAACUCGUUGGUACAAAUCGCUCCGUGGAACCAGAUAAUUCGUUAAUUUAAUGCAAUUUUGUCUCGCUUUUUUUUACUUCGAACAGCCUAAAAUUUGAUUCACACACGUUUUUUUCUUAAUUUCCGCUUAUAAUGUUUUCAAUUACUACAAACUGCACCGAACUCCAUCUGUACCACAUUCAGCUCUGUAGUUUACGUAACUAACUGACCAGAAGAGAUUGAUUAAAUUAAAUUACGAGAUAUUUAGCUAUACACCUAACGGCUCGAGUGUACUGGGCCUGAAAUUGUACGCACGCAACAUGGCCAAUAGGGACGCAAAGUAUGCUGGUAAUGAAAUCGUUGGCUUUGAUCCGCCGGCGCAGUUACUCAUGGCGCAUCGAAAUGGAGUCCUCUAAAUUAUUGAGGAGUCGGAGGAGCUCGGACAAACGCAGGAAACGAAAGAAGGAAAAACAAGAGAGCGCAAAACGAAGAAGCCGCAACACUCGUCUAGCAGCAGUCCAAUUGCCUCAAUCAGGACCCGAGGAAGAGUCUGAAGAAGCCACAGCAGAGCACCAGGAGAAAUCUAAAGAAACGAACGGCCCUAAUGAAACGGCAGAACGCUACCACAAACAUGCAUUGUAUUUCUUUUCGAAGUGGAAGGAAGCAGAAAUGCGGAAUUUGCCCGAAAUAGAAGACAGCGCAUUAAAGCAGUUACCGACCGAGAUUGGACGAGGGUGUUUUGGAGUUUGUACCCUAGCAAAAUACGGAGCACGGACAGUUGUUCUUAAAAAACAGGAUGACUACGUCGCAAGUAAGAAUGAGGCGAGGAUGAUCGCGAAACUUAGUCAUCCGAACGUAGUUUGUUUAAUCGGUGUAAUGGAGCGACAAAAUAGACUGGAUAUCGUCACCAGUUUCUACAGCGUUAAUGGCGAUCGCACCAACUUAUGUGAUAUCCCUGCACAAACUACCACAAUCAACUGGACGAACCUUUUAAGCGGACUGUGCAGUGGAAUACGAUAUCUCCACAACAAAGUUAAAGUCCUCCACAACGACAUUAAGUCAAACAACGUAGUGCUGGAUGGAUGCAACUUGUUCGAGGCCGAAGCUGUUCUCCUAGACUUUGGGAAAGCUACAGACCAAAACAGCCCCAAGAUAUACAAGAAGCCAGCUGAUACUCGCAAGUUCAGACAUCUUGCACCUGAACUUGGACAAGUGAAUGGCAAGCAGAGUAACAAAUCAGACGUUUAUUCAUUGGGAUACAUGAUUAGAAGCUUAAACUACAAGCAUCAAAACUUCCCCUCGAUGUUUGUUAACAUUUAUCGAUCUUGUCUCCGCACUAGCCCAUCACCGAGACCAUCAGCUGGCGAUAUAUGUGAACAGUUUGAUAAUUGACCAGGAUAAAACGCCGGGGAAAUCGUCGAAGUAGACCUUUGCAAUUCGGUAAUAACUUCGCAUGUUCUAUUUGUGGCAAGUCGCUUUUCUCUAGUGUUUCCGGUUUGGAAUAGGUUCGACAGACACGUAAAGCAAUUUAGAACUUGAUGAAACGCUUUAUACUGUUGUGUUUAGAAAUAUCGCUUUGAUUGAUACGAAAUCGAGUAAUAACUGAAUCGGAGCUUUCAACUUGUAAGCAAUCGGCUUGCUCUUAUACAGGGUUUUCUGCCGAGUCAGCAGGAGCUUCACAUGUUUCUUUUGUUGUACUGCGGUUUUGAUACUACUUCUUCUUUUUUUCUUACUACUGAUUUGGAAGUUCCAGUUUACAGUAACCGCUUAGUAAUCGUGUUCCAAACGAAAAAAGCAAUGUCUAACAAGAAGAGAAAGCUUGGAAAGAAAUCUAAAACGUGUUGCGUUAUUAAUUAGUUUAUUGAUUUGAAUAAUAAGGAGCUAGAAUUGUUGUAAAGGAGUGUUUGUUAAGUGAUACAUUGCUAAUUGUAUGCAGAAUUGUAUGCUAUUUAUCCCUCCGUAGAUAACGCUGGCAAUUCAACUGAACAACAGCUCACAAACUCUUGCUAGAAAAUCAAAAUGCCAAAAACUGUUUUUAGUGUAGCGUUGUGAAUAGAUUAUAUUUAUAAUAAACUGAACGUCAAAAAAGCAUUUCAUGCAUGUUGUCAUGUCUACAGUUUCAAAGGCUAACAAAAAGUGCGCGUGAGCCUGGGGUUUGUGUCUCAUCAAACAAUAAAACAAUCGCAGUCUUUAUUCGCCCAUCACAACUUGAUCAUGGCGUUUACGGUUAGCUGCCGAACUUGUCACAAGAACUUCAAGACAGGAUCAUCCGCUAAGAAACACCACGACAAAAGCCAUCCUGGGUCCGAAUUCAACGGCGGAUUGUUUAAAGACUCCCGAGGCCUUCCCCUCGUAAGUGUGCCUGCAGGAAAACAGCUUGAGAGUGCCGAGCAAUUCGCUUCUUACAAAACGUGGCUUGCACUACUCGAGCAAAUCUCAGGUUCUUUACAUCCUAACGGUAAAGGUAAGACUUAAAGGCGAUUGUGGAAUGCAUGUCCAUUUUCGGUCCAAUUACGUAGAACGUGUGGACAACGCUCUGUAGAAUGAAGCACAACGCAUUAGGCAAGUGUGCCGUUCGGUAGACCUGAGUAAGGAAUACAUUAACCACAAACCUCCAAGCGAAAUUAUUUACUGGAAAGAGUUGUUAUUCCAAAGGCCGA